GUCUGGUCCGCGCCGGGCAGCGGGCGCAGCAGCGGGCAGGCUGCCGGCAGGCACACGGAGGCAGAGCCCCGCCGCGCGCGCCCCGGCCCGCCCGCGGGCGCCCACCUGCAGCCCCGACGGGAGGCACCCCGCGGCCGCAGCCGCUGCCCCGGGCCGGGCGCCCGCGGCGGCACCAUGAGUCCCCGCUCGUGCCUGCGUUCGCUGCGCCUCCUCGUCUUCGCCGUCUUCUCAGCCGCCGCGAGCAACUGGCUGUACCUGGCCAAGCUGUCGUCGGUGGGGAGCAUCUCAGAGGAGGAGACGUGUGAGAAACUCAAGGGCCUGAUCCAGAGGCAGGUGCAGAUGUGCAAGCGGAACCUGGAAGUCAUGGACUCGGUGCGCCGCGGUGCCCAACUGGCCAUUGAGGAGUGCCAGUACCAGUUCCGGAACCGGCGCUGGAACUGCUCCACACUCGACUCCUUGCCCGUCUUCGGCAAGGUGGUGACGCAAGGGACUCGGGAGGCGGCCUUCGUGUACGCCAUCUCUUCGGCAGGUGUGGCCUUUGCAGUGACGCGGGCGUGCAGCAGUGGGGAGCUGGAGAAGUGCGGCUGUGACAGGACGGUGCAUGGGGUCAGCCCACAGGGCUUCCAGUGGUCAGGAUGCUCUGACAACAUCGCCUACGGCGUGGCCUUCUCACAGUCGUUUGUGGAUGUGCGGGAGAGAAGCAAGGGGGCCUCGUCCAGCAGAGCCCUCAUGAACCUCCACAACAAUGAGGCCGGCAGGAAGGCCAUCCUGACACACAUGCGGGUGGAAUGCAAGUGCCACGGGGUGUCAGGCUCCUGUGAGGUAAAGACGUGCUGGCGAGCCGUGCCGCCCUUCCGCCAGGUGGGUCACGCACUGAAGGAGAAGUUUGAUGGUGCCACUGAGGUGGAGCCACGCCGCGUGGGCUCCUCCAGGGCACUGGUGCCACGCAACGCACAGUUCAAGCCGCACACAGAUGAGGACCUGGUGUACUUGGAGCCUAGCCCCGACUUCUGUGAGCAGGACAUGCGCAGCGGCGUGCUGGGCACGAGGGGCCGCACAUGCAACAAGACGUCCAAGGCCAUCGACGGCUGUGAGCUGCUGUGCUGUGGCCGCGGCUUCCACACGGCGCAGGUGGAGCUGGCUGAACGCUGCAGCUGCAAAUUCCACUGGUGCUGCUUCGUCAAGUGCCGGCAGUGCCAGCGGCUCGUGGAGUUGCACACGUGCCGAUGACCGCCUGCCUAGCCCUGCGCCGGCAACCACCUAGUGGCCCAGGGAAGGCCGAUAAUUUAAACAGUCUCCCACCACCUACCCCAAGAGAUACUGGUUGUAUUUUUGUUUUGGUUUGGUUUUUGGGUCCUCAUGUUAUUUAUUGCCGAAACCAGGCAGGCAACCCCAAGGGCACCAACCAGGGCCUCCCCAAAGCCUGGGCCUUUGUGGCUGCCAGUGACCAAAGGGACCUUGCUCGUGCCUCUGGCUGCCCACAUGUGGCUGCCACUGACCACUCAGUUGUUAUCUGUGUCCAUUUUUCUACUUGCAGACUUAAGGUGGAGUAACAAGGAGUAUUACCACCACAUGGCUACUGACCGUGUCAUCGGGGAAGAGGGGGCCUUAUGGCAGGGAAAAUAGGUACCGACUUGAUGGAAGUCACACCCUCUGGAAAAAAGAACUCUUAACUCUCCAGCACACAUACACAUGGACUCCUGGCAGCUUGAGCCUAAAAGCCAUGUCUCUCAAAUGUCCUGAGAAAGGGAACAAGCAGAUACCAGGUCAAGGGCACCAGGUUCAUUUCAGCCCUCACAUGGACAGCUAGAGGUUCGAUAUCUGUGGGUCCUUCCAGGCAAGAAGAGGGAGAUGAGAGCAAGAAACGACUGAAGUCCCACCCUAGAACCCAGCCUGCCCCAGCCUGCCCCUGGGAAGAAGAAACUUAACCACUCCCCAGACCCACCUAGGCAGGCAUAUAGGCUGCCAUCCUGGACCAGGGAUCCCGGCUGUGCCUUUGCAGUCAUGCCCCUGAGUCACCUUUCACAGCGCUGUUCCUCCAUGAAACUGAAAAACACACACACACACGCACACACACACACCUGCGAGAGAGAGGGAGGAAAGGGCUGUGCCUUUGCAGUCAUGCCCGAGUCACCUUUCACAGCACUGUUCCUCCAUGAAACUGAAAAAGGAAAACACACACACACACACACCUGCGAGAGGGAGGGAGGAAAGGGCUGUGCAAUAAAGUCCUCUCCCAUUAUCUUAACACAAUUUAUUGAGCAAAUACUAUGUGUCCUAGGCCCUGUACAGGCCAUCUCACUUGAAGGCCACAACAGUCCUGGGAAGCAGACAAAACAAGAAUGCUAACGCCCAUCUGACAUCAGAGAUGGCAGUGCUCCCCAGACCUCUCACAGCAAGCUGGAUGGACAGGCAGGGCCAGAAGAGUCCUCUAGCCAAGCCUCCUCCUUGGUUCUUGUACCCAAAGGCAGAGAAACUGCAGGUCUUCUUGGGUCUGAGCCUGGGGCAGGGGUUCUGGCUGGACGAAAAGGGGCAGGGAAGCAGCAGGAGCCAGAGACCACAGGCUGAGCUGGAGCCCACAUGGUUCCUAAGGGCAGAACAGGCUCUGAGGAAAGAUGUGAACAGCUGGAAGGCUGACAGUGAGGUCUCAGCAGUGUGGCGCACCCCUCCCCAGCACAUCCGAGUCCCUGGGGUCCCAGGUACCAUAGGUACUGCAAGAUUUCCCAAGAGACAGCACCAGCAACCUGGGCCUGACCCUGUACAACCGCCAAACCAUCACGAGCCCCGCCCAGGCUUGUGAGAAGGACAUGCAUGGAUCAAGACCUUGCCCUUGACCCAUCUGCUUCUCAGAUGGGCUCCCAAUCACCAGAGGAAGUUGCUGUCAGCCCACUUUCCAGACUGCCCCCACACUGGGGCUCUAAGUUUCAGGUCUGAGAUUUUAUGCUCUGUGAUCCCCCACUUGGGGUUCCCAGACUCCAAGCUCCUGGCUUCUGUGUUCAGUGGCUGAAUUCAACAUCCGAGAUUUGGAAUAUGGGCUCCAGCCUGCAGAAACUCUUCUCCAGGCAUUGUGGUUUGUGCCUCCUAGUGUUGGCUCCCUCAUGAAUAGAGGGUCAACACCCUUGGCCCCCAGCCAAGAUCUCUGCUCAAUGUCCAUACAAGGAGGAAGCCAAAACCAAGUGAGGUGCUGGAGCCACAUUCAAAUGUGGUGAUAAUCUUGGGGCAGGCCAGCUCUGAUGUGGAUGAAAGCUGAGCCAACUGUCGCCACAGCUGCCCAUCUGGGUCUGCUGCUCCCCUGGCUGGCUGUUCAGCUGUCUACUAAGCCCAGAAAAAAAUACUAUGCCUCACUAGCAGAGGCUAGACCCAGAAAGAGGGAACAGUGAGGACCCCUCCCCUCCCAGAGGAAAGAGCUGAGCCACUCUCCCCAUCCAGGGAACAGUGGGUCCAGGCUGGAUGCUGGUAUGAUGGGAACUGCCCUUUUCACCUGCCAGCGAGUUCCUAAAGCUGAUCUUCCUGGGGUUCUGAAGGUUGCGACCUAGGUUAAUCAGACCAGAUUCUAGGAACCACUGCCCAGGCCAACCACCGCCAGUGCUGCAGAGAUCAAAGAAAUCCACAGCCACAGGAAAAGGAGCUUCUUUGGACAUGCCCAGCUCCAAACUGUCCCAGGGGGAACUGGCACAGCCCUUACAUAGCCCACCCCCUCUUGGCCUCACCGUGGCCUGGAAAUUGGCCAGAGGGUCCACAUCCUGCCCAAACCACUCUCCUCUCGUCCCAAGGCAAAGGUGAUGCCCUGAGGCCUAGGGCUGGAUAAAGCCCAGCUCUGGAUGCUGCUAACCCACUCUGCUGCCCCACCCCAUCCUCCAAUUUUUAUACUAGGCUCUUUGCCAUUGUGACGUCCCAUGACAUAGUCUGAUGCACGAUAAAACAAUUAUUUCUUUAUCUUGCAA